CCACCGCCCUGCUGCGCCACUUGUCGGUGGUACCGAUCUCUACAGAACCCAGCUCCACCAAAAAGGCCGAUGUGAUCGAUCUGACUGUAGAAAGCUCCUCAUCCUCUGAUGAGGAAAAGGACUCGGAGCCCCCACUGAAGAAGCAGUGUGUUUACACUGCUAAGAAAGAAGAGCUACACACAAAAGGAGUGUUGUCGUACCAGCCCUCCAUGCAUGUACCAAGCAUUCAGACCCUAGAGCAGUCGUGUCUGACCUCCUCCCUGGCUGAUUACACCAUGCCCUUCCAUCCGUCUAACCUGGCUACCAUCCCUGCAGACAUGCAGAGUAUCGAUUUGUUCUCAUUAAUUCAAUCAAAUUCUCAGCAUUACCGGCCUCAGAUGUUUCUGGACAACCUGACAGGCAGGAUGCAGAGUGCUGCUACAGCCAGCACCAGCUCAACUUCUCUCUCCUCCACCAGCCACUAUGACGCUAGCAGACAUGCUGCCGACUCCAUCCACGAAGCUAGGGUCAUCACUGGAGAACGGGUGACUGACGGCAGCAUAUCAGACAUCAUCUCCCUGGAUUGAAUCAGGGUGCUAAGCGUCACUGACCUUUUUGACGUGAACAGUUUUUUACGCAGGCAUGUUCUUUUCUAAUGUCUUUUUAAAAUGUAAAGUUUUCUUUCUGUCCAGCCUGAAAAAGUAAUGAUCACUGUAACCUUUACGUUUUGUGCCAAAUUAGAUGUUUUAUUUCAGCCAUAUCACAUGGACAGGCCUCAUAUCUGGUACCAACAGGCAUCCUGGACCUGUUACAGGUGGGAGUGCUCCCACAGACCAUUAACACCCAGCUGUUACAGAUGAGAGGACCAGUCACUGAGUCCACGUGACCUCAUCAGCUGGAUGUGUGCUUGUUCUCCUGGUUUUCAGGAUGAAACGGUGUAAAAGCCAUAGUUCAAACCAGGUUCAGAACCUGCCUACAUCUAUGCAAGAAAAAUUGGCGUUAGUUGGGCUUUUUCAUUAAUGAUUGAGCUCCAGGUUCUGCUGUGAGUCUGAGCUGUCUCAGACUGCUGGGGGUGGCAGCGUGUCCGUUCACAUGGAGCUGAGAUAUGAGCCCAGAUUCAGGAUGCGUUGGUGCCAGAUCAGAACAGGCCAAAGAGAGGUUAGGGUCACUGAGAAAACCGGCCUUCGGUGUUUCAGAAACACCAACUGGGUCAGAUAGAUCCCCAACAUAUAGAACCUGUGUGACAUGGGAGACCUGCCCGGUGCAUGCUGGGAGAUCAUGGCAGCAUAAAUCAUGGUGAGUGGAACAAACCUUCCUACUGUGAAUAAAGUCCAUCUGCAGCUCAUCUUUAACAAGUCUGAGAACGCAUGCACCAUGAUUUCUGGAUGUCAGGUGACAAAACACGUCUGCCUCUCAGCUUGUCGCAGUUCUGUCCUCUGACAUGCCCAUGCCUUGUCAUACUGUCAUGUUUUUAUUUUGGUGUCUGCUGAGCUCAGAGGCUGGCCUGGAGCACCCAACUCUAAACUUCCUACAUCAGGACUUCCUCCUAACUUGUGUUAGAUUUUCUGGAUUUGUAAGCUUUCCUUUGUGACAUCAUUUUUUUAAAUAAACUUUUUCUACAGAAAAGA